CGCCACUGCCGGGGCCCGGCGCGCCUUCGCUCGCAGCCUGCCCGCGGCCCUUUAUACUCAACCGGACCGGCGCUCACUAAUGUUUAACUCGGGGUUGAAACUUGGGAGCGCCGAGUGACUGCGCGCCCGGAGCUGCGGAGCUGCACGCGCCUCAGGGAGGCUCGCCUGACUUCUGCCUGCACUCCCGCUCCGAAAGCUUAGCUCUGAGGAGACGCUGACCAUGAAGUGCGCGCCCGUCGGCAAACCCCGCUGCCUCGGGUGCAGCCCAGGCCCCGACCCUCUUACCCAGACUGGGGCCAAGCGGCUGGCUCUAACUGGACGUGAUCUGCCCGGCUUGCAGACACCGUGGAAGGUGCUCCUGGGACUGCUGGGGAUCGCUGCGCUCGUCACCGUCAUCACCGUGCCUGUGGUUCUGCUGAACAAAGGCACAGAUGAUGCUACAGCUGACAGUCGCAGAACCUACACCCUAACCGAUUACUUAAAAAAUACUUUUAGAGUGAAGUUCUACACCUUGCAAUGGAUUUCAGAUCAUGAAUAUCUCUACAAACAAGAAAAUAAUAUCUUGCUAUUCAAUGCCGAAUAUGGAAACCGCUCCAUGUUCUUGGAGAACAGUACACUUGAUGAAUUUGGAUAUUCUAUAAAUGAUUAUUCAGUAUCUCCUGAUAGACAAUAUAUUCUCUUCGAAUACAACUAUGUGAAGCAAUGGAGGCAUUCCUACACAGCUUCGUAUGACAUUUAUGACUUAAAUAAAAGGCAGCUAAUUACAGAAGAGAGAAUCCCAAACAACACACAGUGGGUCACAUGGUCACCAGUGGGUCAUAAAUUGGCGUACGUUUGGAAAAAUGAUAUUUAUGUCAAAAAUGAACCAAAUUUGCCAAGUCAGAGGGUCACAUGGACUGGGAAAGAAGAUGUAAUCUAUAAUGGAAUAACUGACUGGGUUUAUGAAGAGGAAGUCUUUAGUACUUACUCCGCUCUGUGGUGGUCUCCAAACGGCACUUUUUUAGCAUAUGCCCAAUUUAACGACACAGAAGUCCCACUGAUUGAAUACUCCUUCUACUCUGAUGAGUCACUGCAGUACCCAAAGACCAUGCAUAUUCCUUAUCCAAAGGCAGGAGCUGUGAACCCAACUGUAAAUUUCUUUGUUGUAAAUACCAACACUCUCAGCCCAGACAUCAAUGCAACUUCCCAACAAAUCAUUCCUCCUGCUUCUGUGUUAAUAGGGGAUUACUACUUGUGUGAUGUGACAUGGGUAACCGAAGAAAGGAUUUCUUUGCAGUGGAUCCGGAGGAUUCAGAACUAUUCAGUCAUGGAUAUCUGUGACUACGAUGAGAUCACUGGAAGAUGGAUUUCCUCAGUGGAACAGCAGCACACUGAAAUAAGUACCACUGGCUGGGUUGGAAGAUUUAGGCCUGCAGAGCCUCAUUUUACCUCUGACGGGAAUAGCUUCUACAAGAUCAUCAGCAACGAAGAGGGCUACAAACACAUUUGUCACUUCCAAACAGAUAAGAGAAAUUGCACAUUUAUUACAAAAGGAGCCUGGGAGGUCAUUGGGAUAGAAGCUCUUACCAGUGAUUACCUAUACUACAUUAGUAAUGAACAUAAAGGAAUGCCAGGCGGAAGAAAUCUUUAUAAAAUCCAACUUAAUUACCCCACAAAAGUGACGUGCCUUAGUUGUGAGCUGAAUCCAGAAAGGUGUCAAUACUACUCUGUAUCAUUUAGUAAAGAGGCGAAGUACUAUCAGCUGAGAUGUUCUGGCCCUGGUCUGCCCCUCUAUACUCUGCAUAGCAACAGCAAUGAUAAAGAACUGAGAGUCCUGGAAGACAAUUCAGCUUUGGAUAAAAUGCUGCAGGAUGUCCAGAUGCCCUCAAAAAAACUGGACUUCAUUUAUUUGCACAAAACAAAAUUCUGGUAUCAGAUGAUCUUGCCUCCUCAUUUUGAUAAAUCCAAGAAAUAUCCUCUGCUAAUAGAUGUAUAUGCAGGCCCCUGUAGUCAAAAAGCAGAUGCUGUCUUCAGACUCAACUGGGCUACUUACCUUGCAAGCACAGAAAACAUUAUAGUAGCUAGCUUUGAUGGCAGAGGAAGUGGUUACCAAGGAGAUAAGAUCAUGCAUGCAGUCAACAGAAGACUGGGAACAGUUGAAGUUGAAGAUCAAAUUGAAGCAACCAGACAAUUUUCAAAAAUGGGAUUUGUGGAUGACAAACGGAUUGCAAUUUGGGGCUGGUCAUAUGGAGGGUAUGUAACCUCAAUGGUCCUGGGAGCAGGAAGUGGCGUGUUCAAGUGUGGAAUAGCCGUGGCGCCCGUGUCAAAGUGGGAGUACUAUGACUCAGUGUACACAGAACGUUACAUGGGUCUUCCAAUUCCAGAAGACAACCUUGACCAUUACAGGGGCAGGACAUCGCUCAGGGUUCUGUUGCUUCAUUAGGCUCUGCAUCAACCACACAGUCCAAAACGCCUCACAAGUCUCGAAGGUCUGUGCGAGCCAGCUCUCUUCCAAUGAAUUCACUCUAAGAAGGCAUGAGAACGCAGGGGGCAAAGAACACCCAGUGUGUUUGUGUACUGCAAAUCCCAGAACAGUUCAGUAACAAUUUCUUUCUCCCUGUAUCUUUGCUGGAAGACCACAUCGUGAGCAGCUUGGAAGUUUAGUGGAGACUCAGUGCAGCAUAGGAGGUAAAAGAGGUUCUGCCAUCAGACUUUGUGUCCAGCUCCGACUUCUUCCUGAUGUAACCUGGUGUGCUUUAUUGUCUCUGUGUAGAAGCGGGGUUGCUGUAGACCUAUCUUGCACGAAUGUCGUGGGGAUUAAAUAGAACAGUGCUUUCAUAAGUCCUUUAAGAUGCUUAGCAGGGUGACCGGCACGGAGUACACAAUAAGUAUCAGCUCUUAUUACUAAUGGCAUGGUGUAUGGAUUGAAAGUGGGCAAAACAUAUCUUGGUAAGUUUCAGAAUGAGAAUAUUUUAUUCCACCUCCCCUAGCUGUUCCCACUUGCCUCUGCAAGACUAGGACCGAAUGUAGUGAAGAGUACGAUAUAAGUGCCUCCAUUUCUUUGGUUCAUUCCUUGAAUUGAUAUUUAGCUCUCUGUUAAAUGCUCAGGAUAGAGUAAUGAACAAUAUAAAUUCCUCUUCUCAUGGAUCUCAUUGUUUAGUUGGGUAUAUGACAAAUCAAUAUUGAUCGACUUGAAAAAAUGAAUGAAUGGAUGGAAGAAUGAAUGGAGUAUAAUGUUGGGAUGGAUGGAUGGAUUCAUCUGGGACAUCUCACCAGAUAACACGUUUCUUAAAGUAAAACAGAAGUGCGACUUUUAAUGAGUCCUGGGCGUUUAUUCUGAAAGUUCAUGGGUAAAUUCUCAAUUUGGGUCAGAAAUGCCAUAUGGUCAGGACAAGUGGGACCCAGCCUGCACAGGAGUGGGAGGGCCUUUGCUCUAAGCUUUCCAGGAAAAGAUCACCUUGAUCACCUCAGUCAACACAGAUAUGUUGGGUGACUUUGUCCUGAAAGUUGUAGACAGAAUGUGUUUUUUCCAGAAACACUGUGUCACACCAUCCUCACAUCACCGUAAUUUAACCUUAAAAAAAGCCAUGUCUCUUGAUUUCUAUUUCAGUGAGAGCAAGAAGAGUUAAUCUUCCUCCCAUUUCAAAGAAAACAGCACUCAGCAGCAUGUCUCUAGGUGCACAGCUCUCUGAUGUUGAAGCUGGGGCUAGAAUACAAACGUUCGGACCUUAGCCCCAUCCCCUUCCAGCCAGACCUUCAGGGUUCCCAUCAAAAUAUUAAGCUGAUGUUAGCUACAAAGAUAUCUGUAAAACACAAACCUUGCCUCUCAUAAAGUUGACUUUGAUUCACCAAGAUGCUGCAGGAUAAGCUGGCUGAUUUUAAACCCAUAGGGAGGCUACCGGCCCUUCCUCUGCCCAACAACAGAAGCAGAGUCCCGCUCACCCCUUCCCAAAGUUGCUACAAUGUCUAUGACAGUCUUACCUUCAUCGCAACUCUGCAAACAUCUCCAGAUUAAGACCAGAUGACUAGUUCUAUACUUUCAAAGCUUUUCCACCAAAGACUCCACCUUCAUUCUAGAAGUCCUACCUGUCCAAGGUCAUGAAACAGCCUUCAAAAAGCUGACCUCCCAGUUGUUUCUAAUUCCCUGGCUUGAUCCAAAAGCAGCACUUUCCCCAAUGCAGAAUGAGGCAGACAACAACCACCCACUGAUUUUCUAAGGCCAUACUUGAUCUUUUUCACCCCUUUCCCCUCCCAUAUGUUACAUUUGCCUAGGUUUUAAACAUCUGUUCCAAAAAAGGUAAUACUUGCUUCUCAUUCAGAGCCUAGCAAUGUGGACCAAAGUUCAUAUGACAUAUUGCAGAGUAUGUUUAGUUGCAAAUGCUAUGUACAGGCUCUUUGAAAUGUAGCAUGUAUGGCACCAUGUGACACAUGGUUGCCAUGGCAAUACACUUUUUGGCUGAACUACAGCAUAAGCCCAUGGAACAUACAUUGCUAAUAUGAGACUCUGCCCUGUGCUAAUGCAUAGGACACAGCCAAUCUGGGAUCUGGGACUCAAGGGGUUUCGCAUGCAGCCUGGGGGGGCAGAUGCCCUCUUCUGCAUGUGCAGGGAAGAUGUGGCAUCCUCCCUUUCCGGUCCUGUCUCACAGGGACAGGGCAUGCUGUACAUUCUGCCAUGCAUGGAGACAGCAUUUGCUUGAAUAUCGGUUUGCUAUAUUUUGUAUCAAAGGGGGCCCCAGCUGAAAACAUUUUAUUUUGUAAACUGAAGUGAAAAAUCAGUUUAUGGCAGAUCUU